CUCACAGUCACGGACUGUCUUUCCUGUAUCACAUAUUGUUUAAAUUUGGUAUGGUUAACAUGUUGCUAGGAAAUUCAGAUUUCUAGUCUCAUCAAUUGCUCAAUGUUGCCCCCAUGCAUCCAAAGCAGUCCACUUCCCCACAAAAUUCAAUAGCUAACAUAGUCAAAAAGUGCGUCACUCUUCUCCAAUUCUGCGCUUCCUGCAAAUUCAAGUUGAAGCAAGUCCAUGCUUUCGCCAUCAGGCGUGGCGUCCCGCUUUCCAACCCAGACUUGGGUAAACAUCUAAUUUAUGGUAUCGUUACACUCUCAGCUCCAAUGUCUUAUGCUCACAAAAUCUUUUCUUUCAUUCAAGACUCAAAUAUUUUUACCUGGAAUACAAUGAUCAGAGGCUAUGCCGAGAGUGAAAAUCCCAGCCCGGCUUAUGAACUCUAUAACAAAAUGCAAUAUUCUUGCAUUAAACCUGACACGCAUACAUACCCUUUUCUUUUGAAAGCGAUUGCUAAACUGUCGGAUGUUAGAUUAGGUGAAAUGAUACAUUCGGUUUCAGUAAGAAAUGGGUUUGAGUCAUUGUUAUUUGUCCAAAACGGUUUGGUGCAUAUGUAUGCUAGUUUUGGUCAUGUUGAAGAUGCGUAUAAAGUGUUUGAGUUAAUGUGUGAGAAGGAUCUUGUGGCUUGGAAUUCUGUGAUUAAUGGGUUUGCUUCUAAUGGGAGACCCAAUGAGGCGCUUACCCUCUUUAGGGAAAUGUUUUAUGAGGGCAUUUCGCCUGACGGGUUCACUAUGGUUAGUCUAUUCUCAGCGUGUUCUGAGCUUGGUGCCUUAGCUUUGGGUCGGAGGGCUCAUGCUUAUACGACCAAGAUUGGGUUGACUGAGAAUAUGAAAGUUAAUAAUGCUAUUUUGGAUUUUUAUGCCAAGUGUGGGAGCAUUAAAGAGGCAAAGAAAGUGUUUGCUGAGAUGAAAGAGAGGAAUGUAGUUUCUUGGAGUUCUUUGAUAGUGGGGUUGGCUGUAAAUGGGUUUGGUAAGGAAGCACUUGAAUGUUUUAAGGAGAUGGAAAGAGAAGGAUCCAUGCCUGGUGAAGCAACUUUUGUUGGUGUUUUGUACGCUUGUAGUCAUUGCGGGAUGGUGGAUGAGGGGUACAAUUAUUUUAAAAGGAUGAUAAAUGAGUAUGAAAUUAUGCCCAAGAUAGAACACUACGGUUGCAUGGUUGAUUUAUUGGGUAGGGCGGGCUUGGUGAAAGAAGCAUAUGAAUUUAUACAAAGCAUGCCAAUGCUACCAAAUCCUGUUAUUUGGAGAACACUAUUGGGAGCUUGCACAACACAUGGCCAUUCAGCUUUAGCAGAGAUUGCAAGAAGAAAACUCUUGCAAUUGGAGCCUAAACACAGUGGAGAUUUUGUGCUCCUCUCGAACUUGUAUGCAUCAGAGCGACGCUGGUUAGAUGUGCAGAGAGUUAGGGGGACAAUGGUCCGUGAAAGAGUAAAGAAGACUCCGGGACAUAGCUUUGUUGAGUUGGGAAAUCAUGUCCAUGAAUUUUAUAUGGGUGACAGGUCUCAUCCUCAAAAUAAGGAAAUAUAUGCAAUGCUGGUAGAGGUCACAAACAAGUUGAAGCAAGAAGGCUAUGUGCCGGUUACUGAAAAUGUGUUUAUGGAUAUAGAAGAAGAAGAAAAGGAGAAUGCUUUGUCUUAUCAUAGUGAGAAGAUGGCUAUUGCCUUUAUGCUUAUUAACACACCACCAAUGACCCCAAUUAGGGUCAUAAAAAAUCUAAGAGUUUGUGCAGAUUGCCAUUUAGCAAUUAAACUUAUAUCAAAAGUUUUUUAUAGAGAGAUCGUUGUGAGGGAUUGUAGCAGGUUUCAUCAUUUUAAAGAUGGCGACUGUUCCUGUAUGGAUUACUGGUAAGUUGUGGAGAGUUGGCAAUUGACAUUGAUUAGUUCUUUCAAUUUAUAGAAUAUUUUUUAACCUGAAAAAGAUGAGAUUAUACAGUUGAAGCUUUGAUCAUGUUGUAAAGUUUGUCCAUUCCUUGCCGUAA